AUGGCGAAAGCUAUACUAAAUGGUCUGUUUGAUGCUAUUAAAAAGGGCGAUGUACCAGUUUUUAAAAUGUGUGUGCAACGAAUCGGUCACCGAUUGGAUUACCUUAACGCAAGGAAUUCUGAAGGCUACACAGCCUUGCAUUUAAGCUGUUUAAACUCUCACAUUGGCUUUGUAAGGUGGUUGGUAGACCUAGGUGUUGAUACAGAAAUCAAGUCAAAGGAGGAGUGCUGGACAGCUCUCCAUUGCGCUUGCAUUACCUCCAGUAAACAAAUUGUCAUAUUUCUUCUUAAUUCUUUUGCGAAUCCAUUUGUUUCGGACGAACAAGGUUAUAAACCGAUUGAUGUAGCAAUUAAAAGUGAAAUUAAAGACAUCCUGAGAAAACAUAUGGAAAUUGAUAGCAGAAAAGAAUCAAUUGUUGAAAACAAAUAUUGCGACGAGAAUUGCAGACACGAGGAGUACUGCCAAGUGACAAGACUUUAA